AAAAGGACCCACAAAGAGCGCGUCUCUCUCUCUGGGUCGGGGGUCACUUUCAAAACGCCGUCUAUGUUAGGUUGGGUUGGGUUGGGUUUUGCCGAUCGAUUAUAAUGGCUUUCUUAUUUUUGUCAGAAAAGCUCACGCACGAGGCACGAUUGUGCUCCUGGACUUGCAGACAAGUCAAGAUCAUCAUCAAGCUUAUAGAGGGCGGGGGCGGGUAUGUAUAGCUGAUCCAAACAGUGAGGUUUCAUGAUGAUGUUGCCUCAAAGCGUCUAUCUACAUGCGCUCCUUGUUGCGUUUUGUUGUCUUCUCCUCCUUCUUCUUGCCGAUGCACUAAGAACACACCCUUCUGAAGUCACUGCUUUACGAUCAGUUAAGAGAAGUUUAAUUGACCCUAAAGACAAUUUGAGAAAUUGGAACAGAGGAGACCCUUGCAGAUCAAAUUGGACAGGAGUUAUCUGCUUUAAUGAGAUUGGUACUGACGACUACCUGCAUGUCCGAGAACUCCUGUUGAUGAAUAUGAACCUCUCUGGAAGUUUGUCACCAGAGCUCCAAAAAUUAGUUCAUCUUGAAAUAUUAGAUUUCAUGUGGAACAAUUUAAGUGGUUCAAUUCCGAAGGAGAUAGGACAGAUAUCAUCCCUGGUACUCUUGCUGCUGAAUGGAAACAAACUUUCAGGGUCUUUACCAAGCGAACUCGGUUAUCUUUCGAACUUGAACAGGUUCCAGAUAGAUGAGAAUAACAUCACAGGACCAAUACCAAAGUCCUUUUCCAACUUGAAAAAAGUGAAACAUCUUCACUUCAACAAUAAUUCGUUGAGCGGACAGAUUCCACUUGAGCUUUCCAAUCUUACUAACAUCUUUCAUGUGCUGCUAGACAACAAUAAUUUGUCUGGAAAUCUUCCACCACAACUCUCUGCAUUGCCAAACCUGCAAAUCCUGCAACUGGAUAAUAACAACUUCAGUGGAUCUGAUAUCCCAGCUUCCUAUGGAAACUUUUCAAGUAUUCUGAAGCUGAGUCUUAGAAAUUGUAGUUUGAAAGGGGCACUUCCUGAUUUUAGCAGGAUACGUCAUCUCAAAUACUUGGACCUGAGCUGGAAUGAGCUCACUGGACCUAUACCUUCUUCUAACCUUUCUAAGGAUGUGACAACCAUUGAUUUAUCAAACAACAUACUUAACGGAUCCAUCCCACAGAGCUUCUCAGAUCUCCCUUUGCUUCAGAUGCUGUUGCUGAAGAACAAUGUGUUAUCUGGAUCUGUCCCUGAUUCCCUUUGGACGAAUAUCUCAUUAUUGAAGAAAGCUAGACUUCUACUUGAUCUUAGGAAUAAUUCUCUGUCACGAGUGCAAGGAGAUCUAACUCCUCCACAAAAUAUCACUUUAAGGCUUGAUGGUAAUCCGAUCUGCAAAAAUGGAAGCAUAUCAAAUGCAAACCUAUUUUGUGAGUCCAUAGGAAAAGAGUGGACAUCACUACCAACCAACUCAACUAAUUCUGCACUGGACUGUCCUCCACUAGCCUGUCCCACUCCUGACUUCUACGAAUACAGCCCAGCAUCCCCGUUACCAUGCUUUUGCGCAGCGCCUCUCAGAAUUGGAUAUCGUCUCAAAAGUCCUAGCUUCUCAUACUUCCCUCCAUACAUUGAUCAAUUUGACGAGUAUGUUGCUGAUUUCCUUCAGAUGGAACCAUAUCAACUCUGGAUCGACUCAUAUGAGUGGGAGAAAGGGCCUCGUUUGAGGAUGUAUCUAAAACUUUUUCCGAAAGUUAAUGAAACCUAUACAAGAACGUUUAACAGCAGUGAAGUUCUCAGAAUCCGGGACAUAUUCGCUUCAUGGAGAUUUCCUGGUAGCGACUUAUUCGGCCCGUACGAACUGCUCAACUUCACUCUGCAGGGGCCUUAUUCAUAUGUUAACUUCAACAGUGAAAGGAAAGGCGUCAGCUGGGGACGAUUAGCAGCAAUAACUGCAGGGGCUGUAGUUACUGCUGUUGCGAUAUCUGCCGUGGUUGCAGCCUUGUUGCUUAGAAGAUACAGCAAACACGAGCGAGAGAUAUCUAGAAGACGGUCUUCCUCGAAGGCUUCCUUGAUGAAUUCUGGGAUAAGAGGCUUCACUUUCAAAGAACUAGCAGAGGCCACCGAGGAUUUUAGCAGCUCAACUUUGGUUGGACGCGGAGGCUAUGGAAAGGUUUAUAGAGGUGUGUUAUCUGACAAAACGGUUGCUGCAGUAAAGCGAGCAGAUGAGAGUUCUUUGCAAGGUGAAAAGGAGUUCUUGAAUGAAAUAGAGUUGCUCUCGAGGUUGCAUCAUCGGAAUCUAGUGUCACUGAUCGGUUAUUGUGACGAAGAAGGCGAGCAGAUGCUGGUGUACGAAUUUAUGCCAAAUGGCACCCUGCGCGACUGGCUGUCUGCUAAGGGGAAGGAGUCAUUGAGCUUUGGGAUGAGGAUUCGUGUUGCGUUGGGAGCAGCCAAAGGCAUUCUCUACCUUCACACAGAAGCCAACCCGCCAGUGUUCCACCGAGACAUCAAAGCCAGUAACAUCCUCCUUGACCCUAACUUCAAUGCCAAAGUUGCGGACUUUGGACUGUCUCGACUUGCUCCUGUUUUGGAAGAUGAAGAGGAUGUGCCUAAACACGUCUCAACCGUUGUCCGUGGGACUCCAGGGUACCUGGAUCCGGAAUAUUUCCUGACACACAAGCUGACGGACAAGAGCGAUGUUUACAGCAUUGGAGUUGUGUUCUUGGAGCUGCUGACUGGUAUGCACGCCAUAUCCCAUGGCAAAAAUAUCGUGCGAGAGGUGAAGACAGCGGAUCAGAGGGAUAUGAUGGUAUCGCUGAUAGACAAGAGAAUGGAGCCGUGGUCGAUAGAAAGUGUUGAAAAGUUUGCGGCUUUGGCACUAAGGUGUAGCCACGACUCACCGGAGAUGAGGCCUGGUAUGGCGGAGGUAGUAAAAGAGCUGGAGGCACUGCUCCAAGAAGCCCCGGAUAAGGAGGCAAGAAUGGAAAUGGCAUCGUCUUCAUCAGUGCUCUCAACAUCGUCGUCGAAUGUGACCAGAGACCUUUACGAAUCGUCGAGCCUAUUAGGAAGCGAUCUCAGCAGCGGCUUUGUUCCCAGCAUCGCUCCUCGCUGACUACAACUACUAUCUCUGUACAAAAAACACUUACUCCUUUUUGACUCAACUCAACCUUUCUUAUUUUUAAAGUUUAACCAAUAAUUAGUUAUCUUAGUUGUACAACAUUGUAAUAAAUCCAAUAUAUUCAUAUAUCCUCCUUA